AUGGACGGCCUGCUGACGCUGGACUUGCAUGCUGCGACCCCGUCUACCAUAUUACAACAUGCAACCAAGUUUGUGGCCAUCAAUACAACAACAAUUACUCAGGAGCUUCAAGGUCCGUCGCUGGUGAUGGCUCAGAAGAUUAUCCUGUGGCUGCUGAACGAUCGAGCUCACUUGCGGCAAUGCAACAAACAUCUCAAAAAAGAAUUGGACAAUGCUGUGGCUGCCGUUGGCAAGUCAGAUGUCAAAAUUAUCAAGUCUCGACGCUCACCGAAACGUGCCCAAGUUAGCCCCAUUAAACCCGCCGCCCAAGCCGAUGGCAACGACCGGGCGCUUGAACCACCACUCCCAACCCCACCCACACCCCUCAAUACCCCAGCCAUGGACUCAACUUUGCAACUUGCCAAUCCCCAUGCCGCCAACACUCUCGGCCAAGAGCCAACGACAUUGCCGCUGUGCAGUGACAUUCAACCUGAACCAUCCGCUGGAGGGGGGAGCAUAACACUCUGCUCGUUAUCGUUGAAUGCACUAUGCUCUGUCGAUACCUUUCAAACCUGUGCCCAAGACCAGCUGGCCGCCUCAACAAUCAUCAUGCCUCCAGCAAUGCCCAUCACAUGUCACCUCAGCAACGUCACCAAUACAUCUAGUAGAAAAAACGAGGCCGGUGGUGCAGCCAACCCUGCCUGCACUUCCCACCCAAACGUCAACACAGCACGACUCCAAUUGCAAGCAUUUGUUCGGGGGUAUUUGGCCCGCAAGCGAUUUCGCGCCCUGUUGGAAACCAUCUUGUUGGCAGGGGAUAUCGACAAUGACAACGCUUGA